AUGGAGGCAGAACAGGAAAUGCAAGGUGCUAGGAACAUGGGAGAAGAGGAGAAAAGAAAUGGAACACAGGCUUUGGGGAAGGGAGAAGGAGUAACCGAGCUCACUGAAUUGGAAAAUGAGGAGGCGGAGAUAAAGAGCAUCCUAGAAUGUCUUGAGAACAAUGAUUUGUUGUCUGUGGAGCACCAGCUUCACAUCUUGAGAAACCUAGAAACAAAAAUCAAUGUUGUCAAUCACCUCAGUAGUGACUUGGCCCAGCGGCUGGUUGACAUCACCUCCAUCAAUCUAAUCAAGAAUUCGGAGCUGAAGGAGGAAUUUGAGGAGGCUGCCAUUGCCAUCCUAGUGGCUGUUGGGAAGCACUGUCCAGGAGAUGUUGUGGCUAUGCUGCAGGAGAGAUUCCAGCCAAAAGUCCUGCCCCACCGCAGUAUCCUCUGUGCAAUGGAGAAGCUCUGUCAACUCAGUGGUUGCAAAUGGCCCCAACAGGAACAUGGCCCUGUCCCACCUCUGCACUGGACUGCAGAGCUGAGUAGGCUGCACCAUCCAAAGUAAUGGCUCCCUAUAUAGGUGCAAUGUGGGACUGUGUCCUGCCAGCCCUGCCCCUAGUCCAG